AUGUGAUCGAAUGUCAAACACUAUCCGUUAAAUGAAAAUAUUUUAAUUUUAUUGUUUCACACUAUUACUCAUUAUUGAGUGGUUGAUAAGAAUUUUGAAUUCCCGCUUUUUGUAAUAAUUGUAUCAAACAGGAUGACUCAAAAAAAAUGUAAACUAGGAGUGAAUUAACUUGAAAGAAAAGAUGUUCCACAAGACACCACAUGAAAAAGGGAAUUUUUUGGAACAAACUAAAGCUGCCAGAAAAGAAAGAGCUUUGGAAAAGCAGAAGGAAACGGCCUCUAUAAUAAUACAAUCAUAUACAAGAGGCUGGAUUACAAGAAUUAAAGUUACUAGAAAUAUUCUAAAUGAUUUUGAUGAUGCCUUCCAAAAUAUAUCAAUGGAUACCACUAAUCCCAUUCACAUUUCACUUGCCCCCUCUUUUCAAAUGUACAGACAAAUUACUAGACUUCUCUUCAUUUGGAAUAAAGAAAGAGAUAAAGAUAGGUUUGUUAAAAUAUGCCGUUACUUAGUACGCAGCUUAGAGUGUGAAAGUCCCAAAAUUAGCUAUGUAGGAAUAGCCCUCAACAAAGAUCAUGUGAUGGAUUGGAUUGAACAUAUGAAUAAUAUUUUGUGGAAGUGUUGUAUGUACUUGAAGGAUCUCAAAUUGGAAUUACCUGUAGAUAAUCAAGAGGCAGUUUUAUUUAUACAUGUACUUGUUUCUUUUACAAGCACUAAAACAUGGCGUAUGUUGUAUCAUAAAAAUAUGGGAAUGUUCUUAAAUGGUAUGAAUCAAUUAUGUUCAAAUCUCAUGGGCAAAUUGGUUCAAAAAGGUUUUUUCACAAUAAUUAGAGAUGUUUUGAUUUCUGGGUUAGGAGAAAUCAAAGUUACUCUGAGGAAUGUAUCAUUUAUGGCUAUCAUAACUCUGACAUUGAGACCUUUAAAAGCUGCAGAAUUCUCCGAUAAUCUCAUGAUUAUGUUUUUGAUUCAUAUUUUGUCUGUACCAGCUUUAAUUUCACAUUUAAGAGAAUUAGCUCCUGAAUGCAUAAGCCGAUUGUUGACUGAUGCAAUAUUUAAUAAGGGUAUAAAACUACUUUCAGAUGAGACAUCUAUGAAGAGUGUACUCAAUUCAUUAGAAGGGAAUAGUGCAUUAUAUCUAUUGGCUAAUUUAUUAGAAUUAGCUCACAUUGAGAAACAAAUUGAAAUAUCAAAUUUUGUGAAUGUUGUAACUGGACUGUUAGAAGGUUGUCAAAAUCAUGUUUUCAAUAAUCAAUCUAAAGCCAGUGUUACCAAAUGGCAUCCUGUUCUGGGUUGGUCUUCAGAACCAAUGGAUCCUUCCUUGUAUUCAAGCAUCCCUCUGGUUAAAUCUCAGCUGCAUAUUUUAUGGGGCUCUGAAAUCACACAACUCAUAUUUGGCAACUAUCUGACUGAAUUAGUGAAAGAUACAGAACCACCACAACCUCCAAGUCCAGCUAAGAGUAGCCAUUUUAGUGGAUCAUUCUUGAAGAAAGUAUUUGAGAAUAAGAGCACCAGAACAAAUGUCCAGAGAAAUUACCGCCAAACCUGGGGCCCAGAAGUCAGGAGAGUAGAAUUAACAUGUUCCAUGUAUCAUACAGCUUUGAGAACAUUGACUGAGCUACAUUUAGAUAUAUUAACUGGGUUGUGUUAUCAAAAUUCAUUAUUACACAAUUUGUGGUUGUUCUUAUACUCCUUAGGACCCAAUUGUGGGAUGAAGACGUUUUUGAAUAUUCUUGCUGAGAAUACUAAAUAUUCUGAUCCCGAAUUCCAAAUGCUUCAACUUUUUUGUGAUUGUAUGACUCAUUAUGUAACGCUUUUAGAUGAUAUGGAAAUGUAUGAACAACAACACCCAUUCAAAUUGAGUGAUUUCAUCAUUUUAUCAAAUGUUUUAAAUAUAUUUUUAUACAAAAUAAUAGUAGGAAACUUGAUAGACAUUAAAACAAUACAGAGUAACAAACUAUUUCAGUCCUUGCACAUUCUCCUUAUGCUCUUAUAUCGAAGAGACUCUAGAAGGAGCUAUACACCACCUGGACAUUGGUUGAUCAAAGAAAUCAAAGUGCCUUCUUUCUUAGCAGAUCUGGAUAAGGGUAGAAGAGUACCACAACUGCUUCUACAGACCAUGCCACAUAUCAUUCCUCACGAAGAUAGAGUUAGAUUGUUUAGGAAAUAUAUCGCAAAUGAGAAGACUGUAUUGGGGCUCACCGAGUCAGCUUGUGCGUGUCCCCAGCCCACUAUAAUCACAGUACAUAGAAACCGAAUUGUAGAAGAUGGCCAUAGACAGUUAGCUCCACUUCCACCACAAUCCUUGAAGGGUGUAAUAAGGGUAAGAUUUAUCAAUGAACAGGGACUGGAUGAAGCUGGCGUCGAUCAGGAUGGAGUGUUCAAAGAAUUUCUUGAAGAAACAAUAAAGAAGGUCAUCGAUCCUUCCUUGAACUUAUUCAAAACCACCAGUGAAGAGCGACUUUAUCCUUGCCCAACAUCUUAUUUACAAGACAACCACUUGGGGCUAUUUGAAUUUGUAGGAAGAAUGCUUGGAAAAGCUGUAUAUGAAGGAAUUGUGAUCGAUGUACCAUUUGCUUCUUUUUUUUUAUCUCAUGUAUUGGGACAAACAUCGCAAGCCAACUACAGUUACAUAGAUGAACUUCCAUCCCUAGACGAAGAAUUAUAUCGUUCUUUGAGUUAUAUCAAACACUACGAGGGAGAUGUAUCCGAUUUAGAUCUCACAUUCAGUUUGGAUGAGGAUAAUAUGGGGAAAAUAGAAACCCAUGAAUUGAUACCAGGAGGGAAAGCAAUUUCAGUAACAAAUGAAAAUAAAAUCACCUACAUCCACUUGAUGGCCCAUUUUCGAAUGAGAGUUCAGAUCAAACACCAAACUGCGGCUUUCAUAAAGGGAUUUAAGUCAAUAAUAAACCCUGAUUGGCUAACCCAUUUCUCAACACCAGAGUUACAAAGGCUGAUAUCAGGUGAUAAUGUACCACUUGAUUUAAAAGACUUAAGAAGGCACACCCAGUAUUAUGGAGGUUUUCACGAUUCCCAUAGGGUUGUUGGAUGGCUUUGGGAUAUCUUGGAUAAGGAUUUCACAGAAGAAGAGAAAGCAAUGUUCCUCAAAUUUGUUACCAGUUGUUCAAAACCACCUCUUCUGGGAUUCGCAUAUUUAGAGCCACCAUUUUCGAUACGAUGUGUUGAAGUAGGAGAUGAUGAGGAUACUGGAGAUACAAUUGGGAGUGUGAUCAGAGGCUUUUUCACAAUACGAAAGAAGGAUCCACAGAAUAGACUGCCAACAUCAUCAACGUGUUUCAAUCUUCUCAAACUGCCUAACUAUCAGAAGAAAAGUACAUUACGCGAAAAAUUAAGGUAUGCAGUUACUUGCAGGACUGGUUUUGAGUUAUCGUGAGUUUCAGAAUUGAUCUUGGCGAAUAACUAUUCUUCUGAUAGUUCGUUAAUGCUUUAUGUAUGAAUGUUUUCCAUAUCACUAUGAGAUUCUUUCUAUGAUACUUUGUUUUUUAAAAAAGAAAUUGAAAUCUAUAUUUGCCCUGUGUUGCAAAUGAAACAUAAAGAAAUGAAGAAAACAAUGGAUUAUUCAAGACAACUACAUUAUAUUUGUAUAAAUGGCUUUUUGUGAUGUUACUUGUUCAACUUGAACAAUUUUGAUGUAUGGCUUUAAUUACUGUGAAAUUCAGUUGCAAAUAAGAAAAACUUUUUGUUUUCAUUCACAAUAAAUUUAUUUUCAUAUGUAAUCGUAGUUGGAAAUGGAUGAAUAUUUAUUUGAGUGUCAAGUUAUGAUAGCAUAGAUGUAUUGUCAUUCAUGUCUUCAGAAUAAAACAAUAAUUAAAUUACUGCUAAACAAACUAUAAAUCUAGUUUUUGAGAUAUAGUUUCGAUAUUUAUGUUCUACUCUACAAAACAUAUAAUUCAAGCAGGUUUCAAAUUUUAAUUGAGAAAACAAUUUCAAAAAAUCAAAUUUUUGACAAGCUUUAAAUAUUUUACAUAUUUCAGACCAAAUUUUGUAUAUGUGAUUUUUUUGUUAUGCUAUUCUCAAUUAGUAUGGAAUAUUUCGAGUUUACAGUGAACUCUGUAUAAUACUAAGGUUAAUGAAACUACACUCUUGUCCAAAGAAUCUUUAGUUAUGUUUAAGGCUGUUGUCGUCUCGGAAAAUAAAGGUUUGAGUUAUGUUUUUGAAAAGGCGUUUUACAUAAACAAGGUUUCGUGAACAGGAGAGUGGUGACAUCAACCAUUGUAUUCUCAAUUAGUAUUAUUUCUAGUCUUCAAUUUCUGAUCUGAUUGUAUGAAUUGAUUAUGAUAUUGGGAACUAUACAUGUAUUUUAUAUUUAUAAAGUUGUUAUAAUAAAGGAUAAAAAUGUAA